GUGAGCCCCCUCCUGCCCACCCCCGGACUAUUAACCCCAUCUGUAGCAAGGUGCCCCAUUGCAAUCGAGGCAUUUGGAGCGCUUGGCUGGUUGAGCUGCGAAUGCAAGAUGUCUACGCUCAAUCUAAAGAGGCUUAAUGAGACGGCUGCCCGGCGCUGAAGAGAAACCACUGAGGAGGAGCCCAUCAGUGGCUGUAAGACAACGCAUAACUGUCCCUAACGCAAAGCAGCUUCUUCCCUAAACCAAAAAGCAAAGCAAAGGGGCAGAUUCUUGAGCAGCUCAUCAAGGCUAAUGAGCUCUUUGCCUUUUAGAGGCAGCUCGGCACCAGCUGGGUGUCCCCUUCCUGCAGCCCUCCUGCAGGCUGCACGCACCGCAGCCCUAGCGAGAAAACCCGGGAUGGGGAGGAAAAAACAGUGGGUGUUCCCACAGGGCCCCCGCUGCCCACCCCAUGUGCAGCCCCGUGUGCCCCAGCCCCAGCAACCCAGCGCUCUGCCCCGACCGAGCGGUGCCCAGUGAUUCAUUGCCACAGCCAAAGCCCAGUGUUGACACGGAGAGGGGCGUUAUCGCUGAUAGCGCGGGGUGAGGGUGUACCUGUUGGUAUAAGAACCACCUCGCUGCGCAGCCCUGCACCGCCGCCAUGCACAGCCUUCUCCUCCUCCUCCUCCUCCUCCUCGCCGUGCUCUGCCUCGCCCCAUGCAACGGCUUGAAGAGGGUGACCCUGACGCGGCACCGCUCCCUGCGGAAGUCGCUGCGGGACCGCGGGCAGCUCUCCCAGUUCUGGAAGGCCCACAGGCUCGACAUGGUGCAGUACACCCAGGACUGCUCGCUCUUCGGGGAGGCCAACGAGCCCCUCAUCAACUACCUGGACAUGGAGUACUUCGGGCAGAUUUCCAUCGGGACCCCCCCCCAGAACUUCACGGUGAUAUUUGACACGGGCUCCUCCAACCUCUGGGUGCCGUCCAUCUACUGCAUCAGCAAAGCCUGCACUGAGCACGCCCGCUUCCAGCCAUCGCGCUCCAGCACCUACCAGUCCUUGGGCCUCCCCUUCUCCAUCCAAUACGGGACCGGCAGCCUCACGGGGGUCAUCGGCUCCGACCAACUCACCGUGGAAGGCAUGACCGUGCGCAGCCAGCCCUUCGCAGAGAGCGUCAGCGAGCCGGGAAAAGCCUUCCAGGAUUCAGAAUUCGAUGGGAUCCUGGGGCUGGCGUACCCCUCACUGGCCGUGGAUGGGGUCAUCCCUGUCUUUGACAACAUGAUGGCCCAAGACCUGGUGGAGCUGCCCAUCUUCUCCGUCUACAUGAGCGCGAACCCGGACUCCUCCCUGGGUGGAGAGGUGCUCUUCGGGGGCUUCGAUCCCUCCCACUUCCUAGGCAGCCUGCACUGGGUGCCGGUCACGCAGCAGGGCUACUGGCAGAUCCAGCUGGACAAUGUGCAGGUAGGGGGGACGGUGGCUUUCUGCGCCAACGGCUGCCAGGCCAUCGUAGACACGGGCACAUCGCUGCUCACCGGUCCCACCAAGGACAUCAAGGAGCUGCAGAGAUACAUCGGUGCCACACCUAUGGAUGGCGAGUACGUCGUGGACUGCAGCAACCUGAGCAUGAUGCCCAUCGUCACCUUCACCAUCAACGGGCUUCCCUACGAGCUCUCCGCCCAAGCCUACACCCUCAUGGAGCAAAGCGAUGGCAUGGAUAUCUGCCUCAGUGGCUUCCAGGGCAUGGACGUCGCCCCUCCUGCCGGACCCCUCUGGAUUUUGGGUGACGUUUUCAUCCGACAGUAUUAUUCUGUCUUUGACCGUGGAAAUAACAGGGUGGGCUUCGCGCCUGCUGCCCCUUAG